GCAGUGAGAGGGUUAAUCAUACCCAUAUGGUGUACCAAGAGGUUUGGUCCAAUGCUGCUGUGGGCCAACAGGAGAGGGAAGGCUGGGUGGGGGCAGAACAGAAGGGAGAGGACAGCAGGGCAGACACUCUCCCAACACCUGCACCUGGUCACUUGAUUCACACUUUAAAGGAUCAAUGGAGCAACGUCGCGUCCACAUGACGGUGAUGGACGCUGCCAUCCACGCUUAAACUUUUUUUUUUUUUUUUAAAGAGUGGAUCAGCUGGGGAAUUUGCAAACCUAUCGGAUUGUUUUACGCAGCGCUGCUGAGAGAACAUUUUCCAAUCCGCACUCCGAGGCACAAAACGCGGGGAAUGCAGCGGUAACAUCCCGCAAGUUUUCUGGAUCUCUAGUGGCCACCGACAAAGUCAGAAAGCUUGAGAAAGAAGAUUUAGAUCUCUGCGGGCUACCUGCAUGACUGUUACCAUGACAGCAUCUGGAGCCCAACUCCUCCUGUUGGCCUUAUGUGUUUACAGAGGCUCGGGCCUGCAGCAGUCUGCUCCGCGGGUUCGCCUCUCCUUCAAAGAGCUGAUGGACACCAGGGCGGCUCGACCCUUCAGUUUCUCCUUCAACACCAGCGACUACCGCAUCCUCCUGAUGGACCAGGAUCAGGGCCGCCUGUACCUGGGCAGCCGGGAGUACCUGGUGGCUCUGGACAUGCACAACGUCAACAAGGAGCCUUUAAUAAUCCACUGGCCGGCGUCUGCGAAAAGGAAGGGCGAAUGUCAGAUGACAGGAAAAGGAAAACAGGGUGAAUGUGCCAACUUUGUGCGCCUGAUUGAACCGUGGAACCGCACCCACCUCUACACCUGUGGAACAGGGGCGUACCAACCGAUCUGCACAUUCAUCAACAGAGGCUGGAGGGCAGAGGACUACCUGUUUAGGCUGGUCCCUGGGUAUGUGGAUUCAGGGAAGGGAAAAUGUUCGUACGAUCCCAAACAGGAGAGCAUUGCAGUUCUGAUCAAUGGUAACCUGUACGCAGGGGUCCAUAUUGACUUCAUGAGUACAGAUGCUGCUCUGUUUAGGACCAUGGGUGGGAGAACAGCAAUCAGGACAGAGCAGUAUGACUCCAGGUGGCUCAACGAGCCGGUGUUUGUUCAGAUCCAGCAGAUCCCUGACAGUGCAGAAAGAAACGACGACAAGCUCUACUUCUUUUUCCGCGAGAAGAGUCUAGACUCGAGCAGCGGGGCGAGCCCAAGCGUUUUGGCCAGGGUGGGAAGAGUGUGUCUGAAUGAUGAAGGAGGCCAGAAGUCCCUGGUGAACCGCUGGACGACGUUCCUGAAGGCUCGCCUUAUCUGCUCAGUGAUCGGAGACGAUGGAGUGGAGACGCGUUUUGAUGAACUACGGGAUGUGUUUAUUCAGCCCACUCAGGAUGAGCGAAACCCUACGGUGUACGCUCUCUUCACUACAGCGGGCUCUGUGUUCAAGGGCUCAGCAGUCUGCGUGUACUCUAUGGCUGAUAUCCGCAAUGUCUUCAAUGGACCGUUCGCCCACAAACAUGGCCAUAACUACCAAUGGACAGAGUACACUGGCAAGAUUCCCUACCCACGGCCCGGGACGUGUCCAGGAGGAACCUUCACUCCCGGUAUACGCUCCUCCAAGAACUUCUCAGAUGAGGCUGUGAAUUUCAUCCGUUCACAUCCCCUCAUGAUCCACCCAGUUUAUCCAAUCCACCGUCGCCCCCUGGUGGUUAGGACCGGCGUGGACUACCGUUUCACUGCCCUGGUGGUGGACCAAGUGGACGCCGUGGAUGGACGAUACGAGGUGCUCUUCCUGGGGACAGAUCGAGGCACUGUCCAAAAAGUUAUAGUGUUGCCCAAGGACCCAACGAGCAUGGAAGAACUGACAUUAGAGGAAGUGGAGGUUUUCCGGUCCAGAGCUCCAGUCAAAACAAUGAAGAUAUCCUCUAAAAGACAACAGCUGUACGUGUCCUCAGACGCGGGGCUGACCCAGGUGUCGCUGCACCGCUGCGGCGUGUACGGCCGGGCCUGCUCUGACUGCUGUCUGGCUCGAGACCCCUACUGCGCGUGGGACGGAGAGAGCUGUUCAGCCUUCACCCCGUCCACCAAGAGGAGGAGCAGGAGACAGGACGUUAAACAUGGUGACCCGCUGAGGCAGUGCAGAGGCUUCAAUGCCAAAGUGGAGAAACGUCUGAGAGAAACAGUGCAGUUCGGGGUGGAGGGCAGCAGUACUUUCCUGGAGUGUCAGCCUCGCUCUCCGCAGGCCACCGUCAAGUGGCUUUUCCAGAGGGAAGGAAAGAGGAAAGUGCUCAAUCGUGUGGGAGGUAUUCUGAAGACCAACCAUGGUAUCCUCCUGAAGUCCCUCAACCAAUCAGACGCGGGGCUCUACCACUGCCUCGCCACCGAAAACAACUUUAAACACACAGUGGCCCGUGUGGCGCUGCGCAUCCUGGACCGAGACAUCGUUCUAGCUCUCACUGCACAGGACGAGGAUGAAGAGCCAAAAACUCGCCACUCGGGACAUUACCCGCAGUCGUCCCUCGUGUCCACACCCUUCCCGCCUGAGAUUAGACUGAUCAACCAGUACUGUCAGUCCUACUGGGAACAACUCAGCCCCAAACAGCAGCAGCAGCGCAAGCGCACCAGCCGCAGACACACAGAGAGCCAGGACCAAGGGCUCGGCUAGAAGACGGGACCGACGCUGUCCAACACUGGUCUGUGUGGACUUUUUUGGUGGACUUUUAUUUUUGACAUGCAUGUUUGUGUGUCACCUCCAUUCAUGGGUCAGGUGAUGCUGCCAUGCUGUCGUUAAAGUACUUUAUUUGUGGUUUUGCGAGUGUCAGCCUAAAAAAUACAAUUGUGUAUAUUGUACAUCACCUGUUUUAAAGGACCAUUGGCUUGUCUUUAAAGGGGAUCUCUUAGAAAAAAUAGAUAUAUAAAUUCAUAGCCAUGUUUUCUUUAGUGAAUAACCACCUGAGACUAACAACGGCUCUGUUUUUGUUUCCUUAGAAUGAGCUGUUUAUAUCUACAUGAGGAGCUGGUCCUUGUCUACGGAGAUCGGCAUGUUGCACCGCCAUGUUUUUAAAGUAGCCUAGAACGGACAAACGAAACAUUGGCUCUAAAGAGGUUAGACCCUUUCGGGUUUUUACGUUACUUGAAGGCCUCGUAAUCCAUUUUCUCAGGCGAACUCCAGACAAUGUCUCGAGAAUCAGGUCCGGGGGAAGUUUUUCUUUUACACACGUAGCACACAACAGGGCAUUGUCCAUCAGUUCGGAAAUGUGUUGUUUGGUUUGCCUUCCUGCACACCCGGGUAGAGCACGCAGGAGGCAGGACAUGAUGCAGCUUACACCGCGGUCAUGUAGCCAGCUCGUAAUUUGGUCACAAACAAUGGAGUCUCUUGCUGUUUCUUGAAUUUUUUUAACAACUUUGGCUUCGGCCCUUACUGACAGAAGUUCCAGGAUCUCGUUGUCGCUUCAGUUAAAUAUUUUCGUUGCUGUCUUCAUGAUGCUUCAUCUUCACCCUCGGAUGUUUGCUUUCUUCUGGUUUUAUACGAGCCGCAUGAAAGAAACACUUGCUCGACUUGCAUGUAUUUUGUACGAGGGGGCUUGCAGGAUAAAGUCAGUCAAACUGAUUUGGAUGUUUGCGUUCUCACAUACAGCGUCUCUGGGUAAUGUCCUCAUAAUUUUUAGGUUUGCAGUGCGUGUGUGAAAGGGGCUAUACAAGUUUGGAAAGGCCAGGUUGAACAGACGGGGUUUCAGUUGGUUGCAACUUGCAAUUUCAUCCCCAAGAUGGCACUAAAUCCAACAAACUGCUCCUUUAAUCUGACAUUUAAAUCGACUUACAGACGUGAUAUUUGCUGAAGAUUCAUCACCUUUCAUAGGGAUUAAUUGAAACCUUUUGUCCUUGGUGUGUUCAGGUGCUUGUGAGAAACCUGAGCAUCUUUGACUUGAGAAUCCCUGCGAAAGAUCAACAGUUUUAGUGUAAAAAUAACUAAAAAGAGAAAGCAAUCUUUUUCACAAAGACUGUUUGCUCAUCAUGUGUUUCCUAGGUUUGUUUUUCCACUAAUAUAGCUUGUAAAGGCAAGAUUUUUGGCAGCUGAUUUCGAAAUAUUUAAUUGUUCUUGAAUGCACCAACAAAGAUGAGUUUUCCAAACAAGACUCCUCAUUGUGAUGGAUCGUAUAGUUCUCGCUUUUUUGCUUGUUGUUGUUUUGGAAAAUUACGGAGCCCCUUAAUUGCUUUUUAUUUUGUGCACAUAAGUUAAUUAUCU